AUGCCGUCGUAUAUUGUGACUGGAGCUAGUCGGGGAAUUGGAUAUGGCUUCAUCCAAUAUCUCUCCCAAAAUCCAGACAAUAUUGUGGUUGGUCUAGUCCGAGACAAGGUGGCGACAGACAAAAAGGUCCAACAAGAUGGCUUGAAAAAUGUUACAAUCCUCCAGGCUGAUAUAACCGACCGUCAAUCGCUGAAUGCUGCUCGGGAUGUUGUCAAGACCCUGACCGGCGGUUCCCUCGACUACCUGAUCAACAAUGCGGCAUAUGUGUCCCAUCUUACCACUGGCAAAUUUCUUGACGAGUUUGAAAAUGACCCUGCGCCAUUGGACGAGGACAUAAAGACGGCCUUCGAAACCAAUGUCGUCGGAGUCAUCUACACAAUCAAUGCCUUCCUUCCCCUCAUUAAAAAGGGCCGGGUCAAGAAAGUAGUGACGUUGACCACGGGCAUGGCCGACCUGGAUUUUGUCAAUGAGCUUGGGGUCUGGGAAUCAGCUCCGUACAGUAUGAGCAAAGCGGCAGUCAACAUUGCCGUUGCCAAGUACAGUGCUCGAUACAAGGACGAUGGGAUCUUGUUCGUUUCCAUCUCUCCCGGGGUGGUGGACACGGCAGCAGCCAAGGCACCUGGUGUGGAAGGACUCGUUCAGAAGUUUCUGAAGGCAGCGCCUAACUUUCCUGGCCCCAUGACUCCGCUUGAGUCAGUCGAGCAGGUGCUCAAGGUCGUGGACUCGAAGAGCAUUGAGAAUGGUGAUGGGGGUGCUUUCAUGUCGCACCACGGGAACAAGAACUGGUUUUAA